UAGGUACUCAUCUUUUCUGUUGUUUUGCAUCUUACCUAAUAGGAAUACGAAACCAUGGCCGCUGCAGUUAGUUGGUUGUCCCCUCUAAAUGGGCACCGUCUUAGCGGCUUCACUUCUCUUUAUUUCCCUUCCCGACCCUGCAUACAGAGCGGCAACAGAGCGAGUGAGUACUUUUCCUCUCUGUUGCAGAGUAGCAAUGGCAAAGGAACCUCUUUCCUGUUGCCUCUCUCUUCGUAUUCAAAGGAGAAGGGGAAGAAUAAUAAGUUUCUACCCAAAAGGAACGCAUCAAUAACAGCUCAAGCACAGUUGGAGGAGGAAGAAGGAAGAAGAAAUACAGGGCAGGGCCGAGGAAGAGACACAGAUGAUAAAUCAUUUUAUGUGGGCAAUCUUCCAUAUAGCGUGGACAGCGCGGAGUUGUUGAAGCUCUUCAAGGAUGCUGGCAAUGUCACCAAGGUGGAGGUAAUAUAUAACAAAGAUACAGGAAGAAGCCGGGGUUUUGCCUUUGUGACCAUGGCAACCAGAGAAGAAGUUUCUGAAGCCGUGGACAGGUUUAAUGGAUAUGAGUAUCGGGGCAGAACUUUGAGGGUGAGUUCCGGGCCACAGCCUGUGAAGAACAAUUUCACAUCUAGGGUUGGAUUCAGAAACGUACGUUCUGGUGGUGGGGGUUUUGAUUCUGCAAAUCAAAUGUAUGUGGGUAAUCUUCCUUGGGGAGCUGAUAAUUAUACCCUUGAACAGCUUUUUAAGGGUUUUGGAAGAAUUAAGGAUGCCAGAGUUGUGUAUGACAGAGAGACAGGGCGGUCUAGGGGUUUUGCUUUUGUCACCAUGUCAUCUUCUGAGGAAGUGGAGGCAGCUAUUUCCUCUCUUGAUGGGGCUGAUAUGGAUGGGAGACCACUGAGAGUGAGGAUAGCAUAGGCGCACCCUGCCCAGUGUGAGUUUUCUGGCAACGCUUGUGUUUUUCUCUUUCCAAUUUUAUUUUAGCUUAGCUACUGCGCGGCAUUUUCCUAAAUUUGUGUGCUACUUUUUUUGGUGGGCUUGUCUAUCUCAUGAGACAAAAUAUGAGAUGGUUUUUGGCUCGUAAGAAAUGAAUUUUGUACAGUAUUGCUAUCAUGAUUCUCUUUCCUUGUACCUAAAUUUUAUUAGCAAUAGGUUGUAUAAAAAACUGCCACAUACACAAUGUGGAAAAUAUUGUUAGGCCACUGGAAGGAAGGCUUCAUAUGCAAAGUUCCAUUGUUUAAAA